CCACCACACUAGUUCUCCAUCACGCCUCGCUCUCCAAAACAUUUCACAUUCCCGUUUUGCCAUUCCCAAACACAAUCAAUAGAGUCCGAGAAAGUGUGGAAAUAGUAGUGAGAACGUCUGAUUCUUCCUCAUCUCCAAGGGGGCGACCUGAGAUCAAUCCAUACACUACCGCUCAAAACACCAUGUGGAGGGGAAGGCUCUCUGCUCAGCUCCAAACCCUAGCUCGUUCCCGAUCCGCUGCCAAUCUCACCCGCUUGGUCACCGGGGACAUCAACCGAUCCUUCAUUUCUCCGUCUCCCGCGCCGUUUCGGCGAACCGCUUCUCUCUUUUCUCGCCAGUUCAGCGCCGAAUCCGCUGACAAUGCUGUUUCCAAGGAAAAGAAGAGAGUUGAAGAUGUAAUGCCUAUUGCGACCGGGCAUGAGCGUGAAGAACUUGAAGCUGCGCUUGAUGGAAAGGACAUUCUGGAUGCAGACCAUCCUGUUGGUCCGUUUGGUACAAAGGAAGCACCUGCUGUGGUUCAGUCUUACUAUGAUAAAAGAAUAGUUGGGUGCCCUGGAGGUGAAGGAGAGGAUGAGCAUGAUGUUGUCUGGUUUUGGCUGGAGAAAGGCAAGUCACAUGAAUGCCCUGUGUGCUCACAGUAUUUCACGCUGGAAGUCAUAGGCCCAGGAGGACCACCACCACAUUGGGAUGGUGAUGAUGAUGAUCAUCACUGAUCACUGCUUUUGCCAUUUUCAUACCAGAAUAAAAUCUGGUGAGAUGUUGAGACGGUUUCUAGUAUACUCUGCAGCUUCAGAAUUGGAAAGCAUUGUGUUUUGUUUGUUUUUGGUUGGCCCCUAAUUCUCAUGGCAGUUGCUUUGGCAACAAUUGGAUCAUUUUUGUGGUUUUUAGACAUGAGGUAGUCAUCUAUUAGAACUAUGAAUACUCUUAGUGUUCUUGGAUGCAUUACCAAAAUAAUCGAUGGCUACUCCUUAAUUCUUUUAUGGAGCUUCUUGAUGUA